UCGUAGAAAAACAGAGAGGAGAUGGCGGGGAAAGUGGUGAGCUUGAAAGAGGAAGAGACAGAAGAAGCAAAAGAAAUAACGAACCAGCAACUGAAGGAGAGAAAAGUGUCAUGGGCAAAGUUGCGCCGUGUCGACUCUCUCAAUUUGGAGGCCGGAAGGGUUUCCAUGAAUGGAAGGCAUGGCUCACAGGCAAAUAACUGGCAUAGAACGUUGAGUUUGGCAUUUCAGAGCAUUGGGAUUGUGUAUGGGGACAUAGGAACGUCUCCGCUCUAUGUGUAUGCUAGCACUUUCCCUCAUGCUAUUGACAACAAUGACGACAUUAUAGGGGUACUGUCUCUCAUUAUCUAUACCAUAGCGCUCCUGCCUCUACUUAAGUAUGCCUUCAUCGUGCUAUGGGCUAAUGACAACGGUGAUGGAGGGACAUUUGCAUUGUAUUCCUUGAUCUGCCGACAUGCAAAGGUGAGCUUAAUUCCAAAUAACCAACCAGAAGACAGGGAGCUAUCAAACUACAAACUUGAAAUACCUUCCAACGAGUUAAAACGAUCCCAAACCAUCAAGAAGAAGCUCGAGAACAGUAAAAUUGCAAAAUACAUCCUUUUCCUUGUCACCAUUAUGGGAACUUCAAUGGUUAUUGGAGAUGGGGUUCUUACUCCUUGCAUUUCAGUCCUUUCUGCCGUGGGCGGGAUCAAGUCAUUAGGCACAGAUGCUGUCGUGGGGAUUUCUAUAGCAAUCCUGAUCAUACUCUUUUCUGCUCAAAGAUUUGGCACUGACAAAGUGGGAUUCACCUUUGCACCUAUUAUCCUUGUGUGGUUCAUGUUCAUCGGUGGCAUUGGACUUUACAAUUUAUUCAAACAUGACAUUAGUGUAUUACGUGCUUUCAAUCCAAAAUAUAUCAUCGAUUUCUUUAGACGAAAUGGGAAAAAGGGAUGGAUUUCCCUUGGGGGAAUAUUCCUCUGCAUUACUGGGACCGAGGCCAUGUUUGCUGAUCUGGGUCACUUCAGUGUCAAGGCAAUCCAAGUGAGUUUCUCUUGCAUCACAUUUCCGGCGUUAGUACUUGCAUAUAGUGGGCAAGCAGCGUUCCUCAGAAAGUUCCCAGGGAAGGUGGACGAGACAUUCUAUGACUCAAUACCAGACCCUUUGUACUGGCCAACGUUCGUUGUGGCAGUAGCAGCUGCCAUCAUUGCCAGCCAAGCUAUGAUAUCUGGAGCAUUUUCAAUUAUCUCUCAAUCCCUGAGUUUGGGUUGUUUUCCAAGAGUUAAGGUUGUUCAUACCUCUGCUAAGUAUGAGGGCCAAGUAUACAUACCUGAGAUCAACUACAUGCUCAUGGUUGCUUGUGUUAUAGUCACUGCAGCCUUUAAGACCACAGAAAAAAUUGGUAAUGCAUAUGGAAUUGCAGUGGUUAGUGUAAUGGUGAUAACAACAUGUUUGCUUACUCUAAUAAUGUUGGUGAUAUGGAAGACUAGCAUAUGGUUGAUUGGUCUGUUCUUUGUGGUGUUCUUUUGUGUCGAGGUGGUUUAUGCAUCUGCGGUGAUGUACAAAUUCGUUCAAGGCGGUUUCCUUCCUCUGGUCUUUUCUUUUUUCCUUAUGGUAAUCAUGGGGAUUUGGCAUUAUGUGCACCAUCAAAGAUACAUGUUCGAGCUAAAGAAUAAGGUUUCUAGUGAAUACAUGAAACAAUUGGCCUCUAACCCCAACAUAAACCGUGUGCCAGGAAUUGGACUUCUAUAUUCUGAGCUUGUGCAAGGUAUUCCCCCUAUAUUUUCUCACUUUGUUAACAACAUACCGUCCAUCCACUCUGUUAUAGUGAUUGUGUCGAUCAAGCCUAUUCCAUUCAGCAAAGUCGCAUUGGAGGAAAGGUUUCUAUUUCGACAGUUGGAGCCAAGAGACUACCGAAUGUUCCGUUGUGUCGCUAGGUAUGGUUACAAUGAUAGAAUGGGGGAACCCAAAGAGUUUGAGGAACAACUAGUUGAGCAUUUGAAAGAAUUUAUCCGCCAUGAGCACUUCGUACUUGAAGGAGAAAUAACAAACGAGGCUGUUUCAACUGGACAGUCAUCGAAUGCGGAAGAAUCAGCUCAACAAGUUAACCAGCCUCGUGGUUCAUCAGGGCGCAUUCUAUCAUUUAAUACUGCUGGAUCAACAUCUAACGGAAUAGUCUGUGCACCCGUCAAAGGAGCUGCAGAGGAAACUCAGUUCGUGCAAGAGGCCAUGGAGGAAGGCAUAGUUUAUCUGCUGGGACAGACGGAAGUGGUGGCAGGAUCAAACUCGUCAUUGUUCAAGAGGAUAGUGGUCAACCAUGUCUACAGUUUCUUGAGGAAAAACUUUAGGCAAGGGGAGCAAGUCAUGAGAAUCCCACGGACUAGGCUUCUGAGGGUUGGAAUGACCUAUGAAAUAUGAGAUCACAGUGUGUGUGAAUCCGUGAUCUCAAAUGAACAAACAAGAUUGCCUAAUGUGUUUCAAUAUGUGAAUUUGUGUGUGGCCCUGAUACGAACUAUAAUUAAGUGAUUAGCUUAAUGACUAUUAGGGGUUUAAUUUUGAAUUAUUAGGCUUAUUCGUGUUUUAGUAAAGUUUGCUAUAAUGGCGAGCUGGCAAGAGUCAGUCAUAACUUGUAUAAGACACUAGCUUGGAGUAUUGAUGGUAUGAGAAAUAUUUUACAAAAGAAACUAAAUACAAAAAUAUAUUGGAGCUCUGCUUCUUCUCUC